AUGGAUAAGGAACAACUACAGAAAGAUGGUAAUACUAUAGGCAAGAACCAAACCAAUGAUUCCAAAUUACCAAUUGAUAAAGAGCUAGGUACUGAUGAAGUUGAAAAAAUCAAAUCAAAAAUAGAUUUUACAAAUGGUGGAGUUGAUAAUUUUAAAUUUUAUCCAGAUAAACCAGAAAAUCAUCGUCAUAAAUAUAGAUGGUCAAUGAAACAAGCUUCAAAAUUUUAUGAUCCUUGUGAAGAAAGUAGACAAGCUUCAAUGGAUUGUGUAUAUAGAAAUCAAGAUGAUAAAUAUGUUUGUCAAGAUUUUUUUGAUGCAUAUAGAGAAUGUAGGAAAGAUUUCUUUAAAAAGAAAAAAGCUGAUAGAAUAGAAGGGAAGAAAGGUUGGGGUUGGUAA